CUUAAAGGGGAAAACUCAGAACCAAACAGCUCAGAAGACCAGCAGCCUCUUCAAGACUCAUAAUGGCUAGGCCCUUUGCUUUCCUGAUGGUCUUGGUGGUGAUGAGCUACUGGUCAACCUGCUCUCUAGGAUGUGACCUGCCUCAAACUCAUAACCUCAGGAACAAGAAAAUCUUGACACUUAUGGCACAAAUGAGGAGACUCUCCCCUCUCUCCUGCCUGAAGGACAGAAAGGACUUUGGAUUCCCCCAGGAGAAGGUGGAUGCCCAGCAGAUUCAGAAGGCUCAAGCUAUUCCUGUCCUGAGUGAGCUGACCCAACAGAUCCUGACCCUCUUCACAUCAAAGGACUCAUCUGCUGCUUGGGAUGCAACCGUCCUAGACUCAUUCUGCAAUGACCUCCAUCUGCAGCUCAAUGACCUCAAAGCCUGUCUGAUGCAGCAAGUGGGGAUGCAGGAACCUCCCCUGACCCAGGAAGACUCCCUGCUAGCUGUGAAGAAAUACUUCCGCAGGAUCACUGUGUACCUGAGAGAGAAGAAACACAGCCCCUGUGCCUGGGAGGUGGUCAGAGUAGAAGUCUGGAGAGCCCUGUCUUCCUCAGCCAAGUUGCUGGCAAGACUGAGCGAGGAGGAGUGAGUCCUGAGACAAAGUGUGGAGGUGGCGCUUCUGAACUCUACCUCUCUUUAUAGGCUUUCCUUUAAAAACUCAUUUAUUUUUGUAUGAAUACAAUCAAUCUGCCUAGAUGUUUCAGCAAAAAUUGAUCAAAGUUUUUCUGUAUGUAAAAGCAUGUAUUUAUUUUCAGUCUGUC